CAUAGGAAAGAAAAAUUACACACACACACAUAUAUAUAUAGAUGUAUAUGUAUAUGUAGAGUUCCUUCCCAAACCGAGAUAUAUCCACAAUUCGUUCUUGAGAAUCAGUACUGUUAUUUUCUUACUUCUACAGCUAGCAAUGGUGUCGACUUCUAUUCUUUCUUCAUCUGUUCUCUCUUUUCACCCAUAUCCGGGUAGCUCCAAACAUAGCCUCCAUGAUCCAAAGAGAGCAUCGAGGACUAGAAUUUUCGCUUCAAGAAAAGAAGCCCAUGACCAAAACUACAGCAGCCGAAGGGUGGACGAAAACAUGAUUGUUCUUCGGAAGCGAAUCCACGAGAUGAAGAUGGUGGAGAAGAACUACGAGCCACCGUCGGAUUGGAUGGAUUGGGAGAAGCGAAUUUACACCAGCUACGAUUCGUUUAUAUGUGAAGUGAUGGGUUUCUUGCAAUCCCAGAUGAUGAAUAGCAGGCCAAGCUUGACUUUGGGAAUGUUGGUUCUAAUCAUUUUCAGUGUGCCAACUUCGGCAGCUGUGGUUUUCUUUCAUCUGAUGGAGAUUAUUAACAAGGGGAUCUUGGCUGGGAUUCACCACAUUUAGUAAUUAAUUAGCUAGUGUUGGAGUUGCAUACAUCAGAAUUUAUAUAUUCUGUAUGCAUGUUAAUUUAAAUGUAUGAUCGAUAUCAGACAACGCAGCAUAUAUAUAUAUAUGCAUCAUUGAUUUGGUUAAUUUUUUUUUCUUUUUACCCUUUUGGACUUCUUCUAAAUGAUGAAUAUUUGAUCUUUUAAUUACUAUAUACAUGAUGUGGCCAACUGUUUGUUGAGUUAUUUAACCAAUAAAUAAAUCAUUGCUUGUAGUACGUACAACUACUUCCGAUCGAUCGAGUUGAUGGCCGAUCGAUGGCAUAUGAUUGAGGU